AUGGCUGCCUUUGAACAAGGAUUAUUUCUUCAAUUACUUCUUUUACAUUUUUAUCAAGCUUUGGUGCAUGGUACAGCAUGUAAAUUAACAGGUCCAUUAGUUUCUUAUACAACAUGUCCUUAUGGUUGUUGCAAUGAAACAUCUUCUCAACACAUUUGCUGUGAAAAACCCAGGUUAACAGAUGAAAUGAUAUGGGGCUUAGUAGUAUGUUUAGCUAUUAUAUUUCUUAUAAUUGGUUGUAUUGUUUAUAUUGGAUGUAGAAAACACAAGAAAACUUUAAAUAAUGGGAUUGUUUUAUCAACUAAUCUAUCAUGCAGUUACAUUAAUAGCGGUGCUGUUGCCUCUCUGAGUUGUGAAUCCUCUUUAAAUGUAGAGUUUUAUGAACUUACUGUACCUCAAACUCCCAGUCCUAUGUAUGGUGAUUUACCACCAUCAUAUGAAUCAAUUGUUUGUGACAAAGAUAGAGUUGUGGAUGCAUUGGAUGUGUAA